AUGAGAAGAAUCUAUUGCAUGUCUCUUCCGUUCCUCAACGAGUUUCUCGUUGGCGACUUGGCCUUGCGCUUUCUGAAUGCCGUCUCAGUCCUCUUAAGUGAGGCCGUCAUGAAAAUAGCGGAGGCCAAUAACAUACUCCAAAAUCCCGUACUAGAGGUAAUCGAAGACGAUUUCGACAUUUAUCGGCACUUGAAUACUCCCAGUGCCCUCUACACUGGGUUUGGAGCAUCCUCGCGGAAGAGGGACCCAAUUUUCAUGGUCGGAUACUGUCAGCUUCAUCUGGCCGACAUUUUGAUGCACUGCUCCGUCGUUUCGCGCUCUAUCCCAUUGCUUACGAGUGCGGGUGAGUAUGGCUUCAUUUAG